AUGGACGGAGAGGAGGCUCGGCUCGCGAGGCUCGAGGCAGAUUUCGCCACGCCGGAGGAGAGGAAGAAGCGCGAGCCCUUCCUCCCGGCGCUGACCUGGCCGCUGUGGAGGUGCUUCGGCGCGACGAUCCUGACCGGGUCCUUCUUCAAGCUCCUCAACGACCUCAUCCAGUUCCUCCCCGCCAUCGUCCUCGGAGGCUUCCUUCGGUACAUUGCCGGCAAGCCCCACUACCUCAGCGGGCUCAACCUCAGCGAUGACGAGUAUGGCGUCAUCUACUGCUUCCUGAUGUUCACCCUGCCGGUGUUGAGGACUCUCUGCGAGCAGGUAUACUUCUAUUACGCGCAAGCCUCCGGGAUCUGCAUCAAGGGUUCGCUGUCCACGUCCGUGUACCGCAAGACAAUGCGGCUGAGCGCGGCGGGUCGCGACGGAGGCACCACCGGCGAGGUUCUCAACCACAUGCAGCUGGACGCGCAGCGCGUCGGGGACCUGAUGCUGUUCAUCAACGUUCUGUGGUCGGGGGUGCUGCAGACGGUGGGAUACAUGGCGCUGCUGUACUAUUACAUCGGCUGGGCGGCCGUCGGGGGGUUCACCAUCAUGGUAGUUCUGGUCCCGCUGCAAAAGUAUUUCUUCAAGGUCAUCGCCGCGCUUCGCGGAGAUCAGAUGAAGCUGACGGACAGGCGCGUGAAGCUGCAGAACGAGGCGCUCAGCGGCGUUAAGAUAUUGAAGCUGAACGCGUGGGAAGACCCGCUGCGCGAGGAGGUGGAGCAGGUGCGCGGGGAGGAGAUUAAGAAGGGUGAGAAGAUUGCCAACGUCAACGCGGUGAACAUGUCCAUCAUGAACACCGGGCCGACGCUCGUGGCUCUCGCCGCGUUUGGAAUAUACGCUGGGAUCAUGCGUGAGCCGAUGGUUCCCGAGGUGAUCUUCCCGGCGCUCACGCUCUUCUCCCUGCUCAGGUUUCCCGUGAUGUUCUACCCGCGGUGUCUGUCGCUCUGCGCCGACGCGAUCGUGGCGCUGCGUCGUCUGCAAAAGUAUUUUUUACUCCCAGAGGCGGCGGCGACGACGAUGGAGCUUCCGACGGACUCCAUGUCCGAGCCUGAUGCACUCGUAGCGUCCAUCUCUGGAGGAUACUUCCACUGGACCGCGCCCGGUCCCACCGAGCAACCCUUCCUGAAGGACAUCAACCUCGAGCUUCGCAGAGGCAAGCUCACCGUGGUGGUGGGCACAGUGGGUAGCGGGAAGUCGGCUCUGAUCUCCGCGCUCCUCGGCGACAUGCACCAGUGCGACGGAUCGGACGGCGCGCCGGGUAUCGGUGGCGCGCCCAACAUCCGCGGUACGGUUGCCUACGUGGCACAGGUCGCGUGGGUGCAAUCGCUGUCGCUGAAAGAUAACGUACUGUUCGGCAGAACCAUGGAUGAGGCCCAGUACCGAGAGGCGCUGGACGUCGCGUGCAUGGAAGCGGACGUGGAGCAGCUUCCUCACGGUGAUGAGACCGAAAUCGGUGAGAAGGGAAUCACGCUAUCGGGCGGGCAGAAGCAGCGCACGGCGAUUGCGAGGGCUGUUUAUGCGGAUGCCGAUUUAGUCGUGAUGGACGAUCCGCUGUCGGCGCUUGAUGCUCACGUGGGUAAGGACCUCUUCCGCAAGUGCAUCCGCGGCGCGUUGAGGGAGAAGGCCGUGUUGCUGGUCACGCACCAGCUGCAGUUCGUGAACCAGGCUGAUCACGUCAUCGUCAUGUCCCAGGGGAAGAUCGCCGAGCGGGGCACCUACGACGAGUUGGUCACGAAAGAAGGCAGCGUGUUCAAGGCGCUGAUGGAGUCGUACCAUGGUGAAGAGUCUGACUCCGAAUCGGAACCCGGCGAUGAUGAGAAACAGGACACCGAAGGGCAUGCCGAGGAUAUGGACGGCGACAGCAAAGAUUUGCGCAAGAGCAAGGACCUCGCGCCUCUGGCUGCAGCCGCCGCGGGCGUUGCGGGCGGCGGCGCGGAGAUCAAGGCCAAGAUGGACAGCACCGACACCGGUAACACCAUCACGAAGGAGGCGAGGGGCGAGGGCGCCAUCUCGUUCAAGACGUACAAGACCUACGUGUCAAAGAUGGGCUCGCCGAUGUGGCUCCUGUUCCUCCUUGCGAUGGUAACCUUUGAGCGCCUGCUCUCCGUGUACACGAGCGUGUGGCUGGCGUACUGGUCCGAGAACCACUACGACCUCCCUCAGGGCGACUACCUGGCAAUAUACGCCGGCAUCGGCAUCGGACAGGCGGCUGUGUCGUGGGCGAGGACGUUCAUGUGGGCGCUCGCGAGCUUAGUUGCCGCAAACAAGCUCCACCUGGCGCUCUUCCGGGCGACUCUGUCCACGCGGCUGUCCUUCUUUGACGUCACCCCGCUCGGCCGCGUGAUCCAGCGGUUCACCAAGGACACGGCCGUGUUGGACAACACCUUAGGCAACAGCGUAUCGUCGUUCACGUCCUUCGGCCUGCUCCUGUUGGGAACGCUCGCGGUGAUGGCGUGGGUGAUGCCGGCACUCAUGCCCUGCCUGGUGCCCAUCGGCGCUCUCUACUUUUACGUCCAGUACUUCUUCAGGCCCGGGUACAGGGAGGCGAAGCGCCUCGACGGCAUUAGCGGAUCGCCUGUAUACUCGCAUUUUGGCGAGACCCUCACGGGUAUCUCCACGAUUCGCGCGUUUGGCCACCAGAGGCGGUUCAUUAACGAAAACGAGACGAGGAUUUCGAUCAACCAGCGCGCAGAUUAUACACAAAAGUGCGGAUGCGACCGAUGGCUCCCAGUUCGUCUUGAAACGAUCGGGAACUCCAUCACGUUCGUCGUGGCAGUCCUCGGGGUGUGGCAGAGGGGUAGCACUUACGCCGCGCUGGUGGGCCUGACCCUCAGCUACGCCAUCGACAUGACCGGGCUGCUCUCCUGGCUCAUCCGCAUCAUAUCCGAGCUCGAGUCCAACAUGGUGAGCGUGGAGAGAAUCUCAGAGUAUACCGAGCUUGAGACGGAGGAGUCAACGGGCGCAAUCGUCAAGGGCGGACCAAAGAAGCCGCCAUCUGGCUGGCCCCCCGCGGGCGCUAUAUCGUUCGAGCGACUGGAGAUGAGGUACCGACCCAGCCUUCCUCUUGUGCUGAAAGGGAUCUCGUUUGACGUCAAAGCUGGCGAGAAGGUUGGCAUCUGCGGUCGCACCGGCAGCGGCAAGAGCUCCCUCAUCGUCGCGCUCUGGCGACUGGUGGAGCCCAGCGGCGGGCGGGUGUGGCUCGAUGGCACCGACACGGGCACGCUCAGCCUGAAAGACCUCAGGAGCAGGAUCACGUGCAUACCCCAAGAUCCCAUCCUGUUCUCGGGUAACGUCCGCGAUAACCUCGACCCGUUUAAGCAACACGGCGACGAGGAACUCUGGUUCGCGCUCGAGGCCGUGCAGCUCAAGCAAGCCGUCGGCGAGCACGGCCUCGGGCUCGCGGCGCCCGUCGCGGAGUACGGCGAGAACUACAGCGCCGGACAGAGGCAGAUGCUCUGCCUGGCGAGGGCCCUGCUGAGGGACACUAAAAUCGUGUGCCUCGACGAGGCGACGGCGUCGGUGGACCUCGAGACGGACAAGGUGAUGCAGGACGUCAUCGCCGAUCAGUUCGCGUCUCGCACGAUCCUGACCAUCGCGCACCGCAUCAACACCAUCAUCGAGAACGACAAGGUGGUCUGCCUCGAGCACGGUCGGUUGCAGCGCAUGGACUCACCGGCGGCGAUGCUGCGAGACCCGGAGAGCAUGUUCGCCAAGUUGGUCGCGGAGACUGGCGAGCAGUCGGCUAGGAAUUUGCGCGCGAGGGCGGAGGAGUGCGACGCCGCGCGCGUCGCGGGGCUGCCGAUUCGCAGGGUGGGGAGCAAGGAUAGGAUUAAGACGGCGGGAAGCAAGGAGAACUUGGCGUCGCCGUUGGGCAAGUGA